UACCGAACCUUUGGCCGUUUUCCUCUCGAAAACUCAUUUGAAAAUAUAAAUAAAACAUAUAAUUGUCCUUUUAGCAAAUAUAGAUCUUCAAAUUCCUUCUCUAGAAAGAAAACAGAGAGGAGGAAUAUUGUAAGAAUAAGAAUGCGGUGGUGAAAAAAAAGAGGAGCAAUAAUGGCGUAUGAAGAGAUGCAAGCAACGCCUCUAUCCUCGAUAGCUGAGGCAUUUGAAGAUCUGGCUCACAUAAUCAAACAUGGCGAACAAGAACUCCGCUUAAAUGCAUUUUGUGAUGCCUGUGCUUUAGUUUCCGUUCUCUUCAAUUCUUUAGGUCUCGCUUUUAAAUUUGCUGAAUUGGAGUAUUGCGCUAAGGUUCGUGGUCUCUCAGAAGCAGCAAAUAUAUAUCCCACCUUACAUAAUAUCUUAGACAUUGAUGUUCGAAAUGAUAGAGUAAAAUGUCCAGGAAGCCUUUCCCGUAACCUCCGUAGAGUAAGACAAGGUCUAGACCUUAUCAGGGCCUUAUUCGAAGGAUUUUUAGCGACUUAUGAUUGCUCAUUAAGAGAAGCAGCUUCAUCAGCUUAUGCACAAACAUGUGCGCCAUACCAUUCAUGGGCAGUUAGGGCAGCUGCUACUGCUGGAAUGUAUGCUCUUCCUUCUAGGGACCAACUUCUGUCAAGCCUUAAUGAAACAGAUGAAUCGGCAGAGUACAGAAUGAAACGGUACAUGAAAGCUGCAAUUCCUGUUAUACAAUACAUCGACAAACUCUAUAUUUCCAGAAAUAUAAGUUUAGACUGGUAAAAUUCAUUUUGGUAAUGCGGGGUUUUAUUUGAGUUCGUUCUUCAGAAAAGCCGCGAGAAAUCUUAGCUAGUUUGUUUAGUCAGUGGAGUCAUUGUAAUGAUCGAGAUGCUGAUAAGGGAUAGUAGCAUUGUUGUUUUAAAUUUAAGAUCAGAUAUAGGGUCCUUCCUCUCUUCAGCAAUAUAUCUUUCUCCCAUCUCAUUCAAGCUUAAUGUAUUUAAUUUACUUUGAAGAUCAUUUUUAGUUGAUAGGAGAAUUAUUUAGACAUCUAAGAACAUUCUUGUAUACGUAAGCUUACUGAUACCCGAUUGUGGUACUACAUCUCUGUAAAUAAGUGUAUUAGCAUGAA